AUGGAACCUGACGUAAUUUUCCUGACCCCGCUUGCGGCGGCGGCUUCGUCGACGACGACGGGGCCUGAGCGAGGAGCACUGGAGCAGCUCGAGCGGGAUGCGAGCCGGAGCAGAGCCGGUCGACGUAAUUCCUUUUUUCUUUACUGUACGACGGUUUCUACAGCUAAUAGUGCAAGCCCACCUCUUCCCCAAAGCCCACGUCGUCAAAUCGUGCGUGCGGUUCGGGUGGAGUGGGCGACCGGCGAGGCUGGCAACGACGGCGGCCUCGAGGCGGCGCACCCGACCGUCCAGGACGAGGAGCCCCGACAUCCACCGGCGGCUGCACCGCCUGCCUCUAUCUCCCUCUCUCCGGCGAAGAGCUUCCCGGCGUCUCUCGUCCGGCGAAGCACGUCCCGGCGAAGCGCAUCCCAGCGACGCAAAGGCGGAUCCCGUCAAUUUCUUUGUCCAAACGAGGUCACCUCCUUGCUGGGCCUGUACUCGCCGCCUGCCGCCGCAGACGCCACCCACGGCCUCAUCGGUGGUUGUCUUCAGCUGCGGAGGAACCAACGCAUUAGCUUCGCCGGUGUGCUUCCUCUCGGUUGGUUCAGCAUUGGGCGUCGGAAGUGCUUUGGAUUCGUUGAUAUGCUUGGUGGCACUUGUUCUCUGAGUGGUGUUGAUGUUGAAAAGCACCGUCUUGCAGCCUGCCGUACGAUGUUGCAGAAGUUCUCUUGGAGAUCUCGUACUAGACUCUUUGUUGCUGAUGGCUCCAUUUUAGGGAGCACAGAAGAUUCAAUUGGUAUAGAGGACUAUGUAAGCAUAUUCUCAGAAUGGACUUCAAAUAAGAGAUGGAAAGACAGCCAAAAGUCUAAAGGAGAACACAGCUGGUUCAUCUCAUCCACCAUCAACUUCUCAACCUGAACUGAUAUGUUAUGCCAAAGAUUCAGGAUAAUUUGGAUUGCAGAAAUGUGAUGUUCUUCAGCGUCAGAUGCUGCUGCCUGCACAUCUGGCUAUGAUAAGAAAUCAGGAGGCUGGGGUGAUAUGACCAGAGGUGAAAUGGAUCCAUUGUUGUUGAUGCUGCUACAGGAAAAGAAUUCUAGCUCUUGAUGCCUUGCAGACUGAAGCUAUUGCAGCUGAACUUGUUGUCAAGCUGGCAAAUGAGCUUGGCAUUACAAACAUUGCAUUAAAAUUGAGUCUAGUCUGCUGGCUGCAGCUCUGGGUGAUGGGAACCGAGGGGCAGUGGCUUUUGUUAGAUGGUAAAGUUGAAUGGAGUAUGGUUAACUCUUAAUCGUCUUCCUUCUGUACGGAGAAUUUGUAUUCUAUGUUGCCAUAGAAUUCUUAUGUUGACCUGGAAUUUGUAUUUUAUUAGCACUGAGAGAAUUCUUUCGGGUAUUUUGUGCUUAAUUAGUGCACUGCUAUGUUUUCCAUUGAUUUUUCUAUUUUAUGUUGGCACUGAGAUUUCUUACUGCAGUGAUUGGCUAAAAGCUUUGGUGUAA